AUGGGUUUGAACGCUAUCAACUACGAAAUUUCCGAAGCCGCGGGCGCCGCCCCCGCCCCUACCGCCUCCUACCUCGGUGUGGGCUCUGGCUCUAACGGUCAGGCUGGUUCUGAUUCUGGCCUUGGUGGUGCCGGUGGUGCUGGUGCUGGCGAUGCUGCUGCCUCUGGUGACACUCUUGCUGCCUCUGGUGCUGCUGGCAUUGGCUCCCAGGCUACUGCUGCCGCCGAGUCUUUGGUUGGCGCUGCUUCUGGUGCUGGUGCCUCUGGCGCUGCUGCCGCUACUAACGGUAUUGCUGGUGCCUCUGGUUCUGCUGGUGCUCCAGGUGGUGUUGAGUCCGCUGUGGCUGGUGCUCCAGGUGCCGCUGCUUCUGGUGCUUCUGAGGCUGGUGCUUCUGGCGCUGCCGCUGCUUCUGGUGCCGCUGGUUCCGUGACUUCUGGUGCCGGUGCCGCCGGUGCUUCUGCUACUUCCGGUGCUGGUGCUGCUGGUGCCUCCGGUGCCUCUGGCGCUGCUUCUGGCGCUUCUGGUGCUGCUUCUGGCGCUUCUGGCGCUGCCGGUGCUUCUGGUGCUUCUGACUCCGCUGGCGGCAUUGCUACCUUGUCUGACUCUGAAGAGAGCGGCUCUGCUUCCUCCGGUGGCUCUUCUGCCUCUGGUUCUGGUGGUGCUGGUGGUUCCGGUGCUUCUGGCUCUGCCUCCGCUUCCGGCUCCGGCUCCGGCUCUUCUGCUUCUGGCACCAAGUCUGGCUCUUCUGCCUCUGGUUCCUCCUCCGGCUCUGGCUCUGGCAGCUCUUCUUCGGGCUCCGGUGGCUCCAACUCCAGCUCUUCGGGCAGCUCCGGUGCCGGUGCUGUUUUCGACCUGGCCUCCUGGAAGAAGGGUGCCGCUGUGUUGGCUAUUGUGGGCUGCACCUUCGUUUUCAACUUGUAA